UUAUUAAUAACAAAUGUUUGCUACAACUUAAUAAGAGCACUUAAGUACUUACAUGUAUAUGAAUUUGUACGAGUAUACUCGUAGGUGUAGCAGCUGCUAUGUAAUUAUGUACACAAUAAUAUUGAGUGCAUUGUAUGUUCACCAAAGGAACACAACGAGUGAAAUUAAUUGUGUUACUCCGCCAUAAACUAUUGUUGUUGUACUUAUUUAUUCACAAAUUUGUUAUUAUGGUACAUUGCAAACAUAUCUACAAACAUACAUACAUACAGACAUACAUAAUUAGCAUGCGCCAUGAACUUAGUAAAUAGGUGUGUCAAAAAUAGUGUUAUGUACUAAUUAAACGCACAUGUGUUAGUGGCGUAGGUGUAUCAGCGUGUGUGCGUGCGUAUAUUUAAAUAGCGGCUGCAAAGGCGAUGAACAUAAACAUGGGUUGUGAGCAGCAUCAUCAUCAUAAUCAUCAUCAUCAAAAUCAUCAUCAACAUUAUCUUCGACAACGACAUCAACGGCAGUCCCAUCAACAAAAUCAACAUCAUCAGCAAUAUUAUCACAGGCAACAGCCUCACGUGGAGGCGCUAGUGGGGGCAGCGGCAUACAAGCAUAAACAACAAACUGAUAGCCACUGCCAACAACGACAUCAGCAACAGCAGCAUUAUCAUCAAUAUAAUUACUCAUAUCAGCAGCCGCAUCAGCAGUAUCAGUUAUGGUUCAUUAUCUCUGUGAUAUUGUUCUUAAUCGACAUAUCCAACUCACUCACAAUGACCGAAGUGAAAAUACCCAAUCAUAUAAUGCGUUUCAAAAGCGCCGUACUCGGCUGUCGCUACAAUUUGGACGGAGAAGCGUUGUAUUCGGUAAAGUGGUACAAGGAUGGGCAUGAGUUUUACCGCUAUGUUCCGCGCGACAAGCCGCCAGGACAAGCAUUUCCACUGCCGGGCGUAAAUGUGGAUGUUCGCAAUUCAUCAGAUACAAAAGUCACGCUGCGACGCGUCACACUGAUGUCGACAGGACUCUACAAAUGCGAAGUUUCCGGCGAAGCGCCAGCAUUCAACACAGUUUCCGAAUCCGAGACGAUGACCGUUGUCAUGACACCCAAUCAUGGACCAAAAAUCAGUGGCGGCCAACCGCGCUAUCAAAUAGGCGAUAUUGUGCGCUUGAACUGUACCUCUGCACCAUCCAAACCAGUCUGUCACCUCAGCUGGUUGAUCAAUGGCGAACCGGCAAAUCGAUCAUAUCUGAAGCCAUAUGAGAAGUACGUGGUCGGUCGUGAGGGGCUAGAAAUUGCACGUUUAGGCUUGGAAUUUCGGGUGAAGAGUAAUCAUUUUCGACAUGGCGAUAUGAAACUAAAGUGCGUGGCCAAAAUUUCCUCUUUAUAUUGGCAAAGUAAUGAGGCGAGUGUGGAGAGCGAUCGACAACAGCGUGCACCAGCGUUGGAAUCACGCGAAACAGUGGCAGCCAAAUCCCGUGCACAUGGUUCCUCUUCGGCAAAGCCGCACUCGCAUACAACAUUGCAACAAUUACACUUGGCAACUCUAUUGAGCUUAUUAACGGCAUUUGGCAGGCCAAACUUUAGUAUAACUCUAAGAUAACUAAUUUAAAUACUUUACUAAUGGUGAAAACGAAAGUCAAAUUGAAAAUUAAAAAACGUUGUCACAAACAACGGUAAAAGAUGAAUUAAAAGGACACAUAUCCUAUGCCAAAUUUAAAAUCCUGCAUUUAGUUUUUAGACUUAGAUUUACGUAUAAAAUAAGCAAAAUAAAAUAAAUCUUAUUUGUAAAUAUG